AAAUCUUUUGUCAUUUGUUUUGGACCAUCAGGAAGUUUCAAACUCUAAAAUGCUCUGUCUCUCUCAUUCUCAGAAAAACAGGAAACUCUGUCUCUCUCAUCUCCCAUACUUUUUAAGGAGAGACCUCCUCAACAUUACCAUGUUUUACACAAUUUUGAUCCUAAGUUUGUUCCUAAAAUUUGCAUCUUCAGACAACAAAACUGAACCUGGAUUCUUGUUCGAUGAUUAUUUCGAAUUGGGUGGCAAAGCAGAGGUGAACAAUUCCAAUAUGUCCUCUUAUGUAAUAUUUGCAGAUAGUGGGCUAAGCGAAGCAGGACAAGUCUUCUACGACCAUCCUUUCAAAUUCAAGAACUCAACAGCUUCUGCUUCCGUCUUCUCUUUCUCCACCACCUUUGUUUUUGUAGUAAUAUCAAGGGAUCCUGAAUUCAGCGGCCAUGGACUUGCCUUCGCUAUCUCGCCAUCGAAAGGUAUGCCUGGUGCCUUACCAAAUCAGUAUCUUGGUCUUUUUAAUGCAACUAACAAUGGAAAUAGUUCAAAUCAUGUAGUUGCAGUAGAGCUCGACACAGACCAAGAUUUCCAAUUUGAUGACAGAGAUGAUAAUCAUCUGGGUAUUGAUAUUAAUGGGUUGGUUUCUGUGAAAUCUGCUACUGCUGGUUACUAUACUGAACAUGGGAAUUUCAAAGAGCUAGAUCUCAAGAGUGGGAAACCAAUUCAGGUCUGGAUUGAAUAUGAUAGCUUGAAUCAACAGCUUAAUGUCACAAUUCAUCCAAUAAAAGUCCCUAAACCCUUGCGUCCACUUUUAUCACUUGCAAGAAAUCUUUCCCCUUAUUUCUUUGAGUUUAUGUAUGUUGGCUUCUCAUCAGCUAGUGGGUCGAAAUCUUCUCACUACAUCUUGGGUUGGAGUUUCAGGAUGAAUGAUCAAGCUCCGGAGAUUAAUCUCUCUGGUCGUCCUGAUAUUCCUGGUGUCACAAGUGAAAAUGAAGGUGAUAGAUCUGGAAAAGUACAGAAGAUUUUGGCUGUCGUAUUAUCUUCAACAGGUGGUGUUUUUGUUCUACUGUUGAUUUUUGGUGCACACAUGAUUUCCAGGAGGAGAAAAUUCAUUCGGGGACUUGAGGAUUGGGAGGUGCUAUAUGGACCUCACAGGUUCUCAUAUAAAGAUCUAUUUAUUGCAACAAAAGGCUUCAGACAUAGACAACUUCUUGGAAAGGGAGGUUUUGGCAGGGUUUAUAGAGGAAUUCUACCAUUCUCAAAUGUUCAAAUUGCAGUGAAGAGGAUCUCUCAUGAUUCCAGGCAAGGAAUGAGAGAGUUCGUAGCCGAAAUCGCAACCAUUGGCCGUCUAAGGCACCCGAACUUAGUUCGGCUUCUGGGAUAUUGCAGGCGCAAGAAUGAACUUUUCUUAGUUUAUGACUUCAUGCCUAAUGGAAGUCUUGACAAGUUCCUUUAUCAUGUACCCAAUUCCAUACUAAACUGGAAACAAAGAUUCAAAAUUAUCAAAGAUGUGGCAUCUGCACUGUUCUAUCUCCACCAACAAUGGGUUCAAGUUAUAAUCCACAGAGAUAUCAAGCCUGCCAAUGUGCUCAUCGACAAUGAGAUGAAUGCCAGGCUCGGAGAUUUUGGGCUUGCCAGGUUAUGUGACCAUGGAAACGAUCCUCAAACCUCACAUGUUGCUGGUACUCCAGGCUAUAUUGAUCCAGAGAUUGUGCAGAGUGGAAAAUCAACCACACUUACUGAUAUAUAUGCAUUUGGGGUGUUUAUGCUUGAGGUUACUUGUGGAAGAAAGCCUGUGGAUCCUCGAGCUUCGGCUGAGAAAGUAAUGUUGAUCGAUUGGGUGAUGAAUUGCUGGGAUAGAGGAGCUAUUUUGGAGACAGUUGAUUGGAGACUAGGAAAUGAGUAUGUGUUGCAUGAAGCUGAAUUGGUUUUGAAGCUUGGAUUGCUUUGUUCACAUCCUGUUGCUGCUUUUAGGCCUAGCAUGUCUAGUGCAGUACAAUUAUUGGAUGGAGUUGCUCAGUUGCCGGAAAAUUUAAGUGAUAUAAUCAAAUCUCGAGAUUCCGGUGAAGGAUCCCGUCAAGGAGGUGUAGCCAAUGAUGAAUUCUCGUGUCAACAAAUAUCUGUUGCUUCAUUGACAUUUACAGAAUCAUUUGCUUCUGAUGGACGUUAAUAUAGAUAUAGUAUGGAUUUUUGUUUGAUCUAUGUGCAUGGCAAUAAGUUCACAUCCGCCCCUAUACUUUUUAUCA